UUUCCCUUAAGCCGCUCUCGCGCGUUUGUCUGUUCUCGUCGCGUUCGCGUCGUGUCCUACCGAUUAUUUUCUCCUUCCUCCCCCCUCCCCGCCCGCGCACGAGAUCGUCGACACGGUAGAGAGCCGCGCGGUAUACACACGGACGUGUCGUUGUAGCACCGAGUGUCCCGCUUUUAAAAGUAAUUGCCCGGUGUCGAGUCCCAGGAUGGCGUUCAACGGAGACGGACCACACUCCAAGAGGCAGCGACUCGAAGAAUCUGGUCACAGGAAUCACGAGUAUGGCGGGUACGGAGACGAGCCGCGACGUAAAAGAGAAGACAAUAACAAACCAAACCACGUUCUCCUCUUCACAAUUAUUAACCCGGUCUACCCCAUCACUGUGGAAGUGCUGCACACGAUCAGCGCGCCCAGCGGCCAAGUACAACGCAUCGUUAUUUUCAAGAAGAACGGCGUUCAAGCGAUGGUGGAGUUUGACUCGGUGGAAUCGGCGACGAGAGCGAAGGAGACGCUUCACGGAGCGGACAUAUACUCCGGUUGCUGCACAUUGAAGAUCGAUUUCGCCAAGCCCACCAAACUGAACGUAUACAAGAACGACGCAGAAAGCUGGGAUUACACGACGCCAACGCUGG